GGACACAUCCGGCCAAGUGUUCGAUUUCAGCUGUGGAGAGAGAAAAGAUAACGAGUGUGCAAGCGACAGCGUUCAAGAUGAUCCGUCGCGACUAGACGACCGAGAGAGGAGAAGAGGCGAAGCCGAUGGAUUUCCAGAGCGCGAUGGAGACCUUUGCCGAAGCCUGGGUGGCUGCCAACACGAAAAACGAUCAGGUUCAGAGCCAGGCUUUGGCCCUAACGCACAAAGCGUCGCCGCCCUCGCGACCAAGCAGCGAGCCAUCAUUGCCACAGACGCCACCGGGCACGCAGCCGCCGCAAUCGCAAUCGACUCGCGAUACCCAACCGACGUCGAUGGGUGCGCAAAAUCUGAUGACGUCGCAUCAGGUACCGCCGUCAUCGAACCACCAGGCCGUACAGCCGGCUCAUAACUCCGUUGUGACGCAAAGCACGACGGGCCAGCAGCAGCAGCCAUACGCUGCACACAAGCAUCUCAAGCAAGAAUUAAAUGCUAGUCUCAAGGAGGAGGGCUUUGAUCUCAGCAAGACUGCCUCGGCUACCGGUAAAAGUCUUCCUAUUCACUGUGUAGUAGAAGCAAUCCACAGUAUCAUUGACACUCGGCCAGCCAAUGGACGCGAUAAUUGGCGGCGGCCGCACGUUGAACUUGACACAUACGUUUUCAUUCCAGCAAACAUGCCAUUCCAGGAUUUGGUCGGCGAAGUACUGAUGCGACUAAAUUAUUCGAAUGACUUGAUCCUGAGUGCGCGAGGUAGCAUAGUGAUAAGAAAUUGGAAGCCAUUACCAACGGAGAAGGUUGCCGAAGGCCCACUACUUACCGUUGGAGAUAUACUCGCCGAGCUGAUCAACCUUGCCACUCUCAAGAUACAGGUGUACAGAUCGAGGCCACCACCACCCACACCCGCCAGUGAAGUCAGGGAUAAAUUGCUCAGGUUAUUGCUGUUACGUAGCCAUGCCGUUCUUGUUGCUGCUGGUUGCCCGCUCGAUGAGGCAACACUAUCAUCCCUUUGCCGAGGUGGUAAUGACCUAACUGAAGAAACUCAAAGAAAUUUCGAGUCUUGGCUUCAACAGCAACAUCUUGGACUCAACCUCAAUCCUUUAAUCCAGCCAUCGUCGAACCAUCACCACCGUAGCCAAUCGCCGCCACCAACCGAUGUGACGCCAAGCUCGAAUACACCCUUGAGUCAUCAUCACCCAACAGCUCAUCAUCCGAAUCUCUUGGUAUUCUCCCACAAAUCGCGUAUGCGUACUUCAUUCGAUCCUGAACUCGAGCUACCCAGACUUCAACGGUGGUUCGCUGAAAAUCAACAUCCGACGCGUCAGCAGAUUCAGCAUUACGUGAACGAGUUGAACAGUUUAGAGUCGAGGCGAGACCGAAAACCCCUGCACGUGAAUAAUGUAGUUUACUGGUUCAAAAAUGCCAGGGCAGCGCAGAAAAGGGCCGAGACCAGAGGAGUCAACGGAUACAGUCCACCUGGUCUUAGUCCGCGAGGUGCUAGUAACGUCAGCGAGGAUUGCUCCGAUGACGAAGAGGAUUCGAGACAUCAGUCGACGUCACCGUCACCGUGUCCCCCAGCAAGUCCGCCGAUCGGUCCACUCUCGUUGACGACUCGACCCGAAGAUCAGCAGCAACAGAACCAACAACAGAACCAACCGCCGUCGUCGACGUCGUCAUCUGUCAAACAAGAAGAUCCAUCGCGAGGUGGUAUGUCAUCGGGCUCCGAAGACGACGAAGCAAGUCCGACGGGUGCUGGUGGUCCGCUAUCUGGUUUCUCAUUAGUACCGAGUCCAAUGUUUAGCCACAGUGUUAUGUACAUGUCGCAUUACCUAUCACCCCGUGGACCCGCCAAUUGCCCGACUAGUAUCUUAGACGAAAGGAGAAAACGUAACAGGACUUUCAUCGAUCCUGUUACCGAAGUACCAAGGUUGGAGACUUGGUUUACGCAUAAUACUCACCCCAGUCACGCGUUAAUUUUAAAAUACACGGAGGAGCUGAAUCGUAUGCCGUACAGGCAAAAGUUUCCCCGUCUUGAACCAAAGAACGUGCAGUUUUGGUUCAAAAAUCGCAGGGCAAAGUGCAAGCGACUGAAGAUGGCUCUGUUCGAUGGGGACCCACCACAACCACAUCCUUAUCAUGCCGAAUAGCCCCGUCAACGUAACAUGUACAUUGGUCUCGAGUGAAAGCUUGAAUACUUAAAGCGAGCUGUGAGAGCGAGAAAAUAAGAGGAUAGAAAUACUCAAUUAUACGUAUAAAUAUUGUACGCGAAUAAAACAAAAAAUGGCAUUAAUCGACUUCUGAGUUUUGGGAGUAAAGGUAACCUUCGCUGUAAUUACAAUGAUUCGUAACGAGUAAUAUUAUUGGCGUAAUGACUGUAAAUAAUGAGAACCAAUUAUUAUUAUUAAAAUUAUUAUUAUUAUUAUUAUUAUUAUUAUUAUUAUUAUUAGUUAUUGAUUAUUAAUAAUUAUCAUGACGAUCUCGAAUAAAAUA